UUAAUAUUAAAUUUUCUUCAAUCCAAAUUAUAGCUGGGUGUUGGAAUGAUCUGACAUAACCGCAUACAGCCUUGACUGGUAGCUACUAUGGCCUAUUAUUAGCCACUGAACACUGGAUACCGCCUUCUCAGCUGAGUCUGGUCUAGGAGGAAAAAUAUUCAUUACGUAACAAUAAAGGAUCUGUCUCCCAGACCCACUUCCUGAAUACCACAGCAGCAACUAGGCCCCAAGCCGAGGUUGAGCGGAAGCCUCAUCCAUUUGUUUGCUAUAGCAGUGUAAAGCGGUGCCGGUUGUUUCCUGCUUAUCCCUUGCCUCCACACAUUCACCGUGCCACCCCUCCUUCACAGCUCCUCUUUGUGGGUCAGUGAUGCAGCGGGAGUGACGCAGCAGUGGCAGCAGCCUCCAGAAGACAACUAUACACAGCAGGAGCAGAGAGCCUCUGCCAGAACCAUAGUCCACAGGCAACUUCCAGGCAGCAGUGAAGAGGGAAGAUGGUGAAGGCCUGAUCUAGGCCAAAGGGAGAACCGGAGCCGGGCAGUCACUGUCCUUUCCUCCUCCUAAACAAACACCAGAGAGGCUUCCAUAGUGGCAGAGACAGGCCCAGCAAGACCUUCCGCACAGAGACAUUUUGAUGACUGUGGUGUCCCUGUGCUGUUAGAACCUGAUGGAUAGUGCCCACCCUCACACUGUGCUUAGCAAGCUCAAUGAGCAGCGUUCGCAAGGCCUCUUCUGUGAUGUCACCAUUGUGGUGGAGGAUGUUAAGUUUCGGGCCCACAAGAACAUCCUGGCGGCCUGCAGCGGGUACUUCAGGAACGCUCUGACAACUCCUGAUACAUGGAGCUCGAGCCAGGUGCUGGAGCUGAUGGACCUGAAGUCUGAGGUGUUUGCCAGUAUCCUCAACUUCAUCUACUGCUCAAAGGUGACGUCACCUGGCGCAGAGGACACAGGGGGUCUGGUGGCAGCUGGAAAAAGACUCGGAAUUCCUUUUUUAGAGAAGCUUGCAGAGCAAGAGAAGCAGGAUGAAUGUGUUAAACCCACAGACUCCAGCACAGCCCCAGUGUCUAAGAAAACCAAGAAGGAGGCUCCCAGGCCUGAGGACAUAGACAGAGGGCCACGCAUCACCAAUGCCUUCUCUAUCACUGAAGUGUGUCCUGGGAACAAUCUCUUCACCCCUCUGGCUCAAACCAAUGGGGAGAGGCAGUCACCAGAUGUGGGACAACUCCCAUCAAAUUGCCCCACGACCUCCUGCCUCAAUGGGAACAAUGAGACAACCCAAGCCCUCUCUGAGCAUUCAUAUGCAGUAAGCAAAUCUACUGAAGGCAAAGACAGCAGUCAGUGGGACAACAGGAAGGUCUGUAAGCCAGCAAUAUCUCAGCCAAAGCAACUCAGUUACAGGAACGCAGGCCCGCUCAAAAAGCGCCACAGGCUGCGAGGCACUUUGUGUCGAAGUAUACUUCCAACACCAGCUGAACCACAAGCAGAUAAACCAAAUACAGUAACCCCCACAUUAGCUGAUGAUGUUUCUGCAGCACCUGUUGCAGCCAUGACACCACCUCCACUUUUUUCAGAGGCAGAAACACAAAAAAGAAUAGACCCAGGGCUACCUGUAGCCACUGACAAUGCCCUAAUGGAGUUAGGUCCACCAACCCUUUCCCCUCACACAGAGGACAGCAUUUCAAUCUAUGGAUGUGACCACUGUCCGGAGAUAUUCACAAAUAAAGCUCUUCUCACCAUUCACUCAGAGGUACAUAAAAAGCGCUUUGUUAGUCAUUUGUUUUGCAAGUUUUGUCACAGAAAGUUUAUUCACCUCAAACGGCUGCGCAACCAUGAGCAAGUCUGUCCCAAAGCUGUAAGGGGUCCACCUAAACUGCAUGCUACUGACAUAUCAACCAAAGACGUGGAACUCCAUUCAGAUGACAUGCCAAACACAGAGAGCGACAUGACACAGCUUCCUUCUGCUGACCUCUCCAGCCCUUACACCCCAGAGCCCCUUCAAGUGGACCAAUCAGAGCCUCCACAGGUUGAGAAAGCAGUGAGGCCUGGUGGCGGUCAGAGGAGAUACAACUGCAGUGUGUGUAAACGGGUCUACGUCACCCUAUCCAGUCUAAAGCGGCACGAGAAUGUACAUUCCUGGCAGAGGGCAUAUCCCUGCCACUACUGUAAUAAAGUGUUUGCUUUGGCAGAGUACCGUACGAAGCAUGAAAUCUGGCACACGGGUGAACGCCGCUAUCAGUGCAUUUUCUGCCUGGAGACAUUCAUGACAUAUUAUAUCUUAAAGAACCAUCAGAAGUCUUUUCACGGCAUCGAUCCCAGUCUAGCUGUUAAGAAAAAAUCCGCCAAUGGUGGUCUGAAAGCCAGUGUUUAUCCAAUCAAACUCUACAGGCUUCUGCCUAUGAAGUUCAGAAAGAGGCAAUACAAGACGUACAGUCAGACGUACUCAGAGAGUGCUGAAAGAGGCGACGAAGCCCCACCAGACAGCAACUCUCUUAUCCCUCCAUUUGAAGAAAACGGUCUGAUCAGCCACCAUGAUAACGUUUCAUUCCCUCUCACAUUCAUGGCAACCACAAAGAUGGUGGCACCUGUCAUGCCUCGCAUCAGCUUUGACAAGCCAUGUGACCAACAUGUUGACCAAAGUCUGAACAGUGAAUUGGAAAUUCAGAGAGGCACAAGAAAAGAGGCUGACAACAGAGAUUCAACCUUCACUGAUUACAGCAGUAGCUUUUCUUUGCAACCUAACUCUCCUGCAGUGGGUUACAAAGAUGAUCCUCCAGUACUGAGUAACUCAGAGCACAUCAGUCAUAACAUGCCAUUCUUUAACUCUCUGAACACGGUUAAAAAGUUAGGUGAGCUAUCAGCUUCUGCAAAAAGAGUUGAGGAUAUGACCAAGGAGCUACUUCAAUCAAGCACUGAGAAUCUGGCACGCGGUAAAGAUGUGGGAGCAAAGACAGAAACAUAUAUCGCCAAACCUGCAUGCCCGGGUCCAUCUGUGGAUGGAGCUGCCAUGCCACUCUGCCAGAUAACAGUGAAAAUAGGAAAUGAAGCUAUCAUUCGCCGCCGAAUCAAAGGAUCUAAGCUCUUCCCAAGAAAGAAAAGGAGAAUCAGAGAAUGGAGAGAGGAGGAGAGCCCAAGUCAGUGCCCUCCAAUAAGAGAAGACUCAGAGAGCCCCAGGCUCCGCCUCAGACCAGAAGUCACUGCCGCCACAGAACCAGAGACAUACGAUGAUCCCAAUGACUGUGACACAGCUGAUAUGCUUUGGCGUCCCUACUAUUCUUACAAAGCUAAAAAGAAAAGGAAGAAGUUGAGAUUCAAGCACAGAAAGGCUUUGUUUCGCGGUUAUCCUGAUAUAUCUGCAGAUAGAACUGCUGCCAGUGAGGCCCACCUUGAUAAAAGUAGUUGGCUGACAGAGGAGAGCGUGUCAGGUGGUAGUGGAGAGGUGAAACGUAGCCUCAGCAGGAACUCCAGCCCGAGGGCCACCUACAACUGUGACAUCUGUGACAGCUCUUUUAUCACAGAGACGGGCCUGAAAGCUCAUGUUACUGGUUCCCACCCAUGUUUCUGCAGGACCUGUGGUAAACAAGGUCCUCCCGGUGAGGCACCUGCUGGUGGUGAUUACAUCUGUAACAGCUGUAUGGAAAAUGGCUCCUGCUUUGAUAACACACCCCGGAGCCCCAACCCAGAGAAGAAGUAUCGCUGCUCCUUCUGUCCCCAGAGGUUUCUCUACCUUGCUACCAAGAGAAGCCAUGAGAAAAAACACCAGGAAGCAAACGAGGAAGGAUAUAACUCUGACAACUUCACACCAUGUUCUAAAUACUCAGCACACCUGAGUGACAUCAAUAAACAAGACACCAUCAAAACUGAAGACGGAGACAAUCAAGGAGGCACUGGCAUAAAAAGUGAAAGAGUGGAUGAAGCACAUCUUUCCAUUGAUAAAAUGAAGCCUAAAAUCGAGGACACAACUGACUUCAUGUCUUUAGCUGCCUACCAAGACAUGUCAUAUUCCAACAUUAAAAGUCCAUUAUUGCCCUGCACUGACUCGUUGUUUUCCAUGACGUCCUCAAAGCUGAAACAUAAAAUGGCGAAAAAAAGGAUCGGUGCACAGCACUCUAUGCAUCUCAUCUCAAAGAAGCAGGCCUGUGACAGAGACAGUGAUAGCAACAGGGACAUUUUGACAGGGCCAAGAACAACCAGUCACAAUGACCGCGACAAGUCCUUUAAACUCUUUGGAAGAAAUGAUUCUGAAACGAAAGGUACACACAUUUCUAUACACAAGCCAGAGAAAUGGAUGUGCAAAGAAGAGCCAUUUUUUUAGAGAUCUUUGAGGACAGUGGACGGCAAUAGGCAAAAGAGAAAGUGAAUGAAACUUGACUUCAAGCCUCUGCUUUUGGUUAGGAAAUGUAAGGGUGUUGUCUUUGCAGCUGAGCUCAAUAAAAUGUUUUGAGUGGACGCUAAACAAGAGGAUCUAACAUCAGUGCAGGCUGUAAUUUCUUCCCUCCUAAACUCAACAUUUUGAAAUUUUUCACCUUUGUAGGAGACUUUUUUGUUUGCAUAAUACAGGACCUUCUGACACAGACUGUACUAUGUCCAUUGUCUAUGCAUUUAUGGCAGACUCAGUGACAUGCAAGCUAUUUCAGAGCAGGGGUAGGAUGUGAUGGACGACUGAAAAGCUGCCUGGUGUGGUUACAUCUUCACUUUUUAAUAUAUGUCUGGGAAAAACUGGAAAACUAUGAAUUUUACAACUGUCACAUUUCUGAAUCUCACGUUCAGUUAACUGGCUAUGUGAGUUGCACUUUAUAGUUAGACUAUGCUAAUCUGUUGGUUAAAUACUUUGAUAAUUCAGUUUCAGUUCUAAGCACCAUAUAAGUCUAAUUUCUAAUUAACAAAUGGCACCCUUGAGAUUAAAGGUACUACUUUUGUGUGUUUAAUAUGUAUAAAACAUGUAAAACUAUUUAAAUAAAUGUUGUUGAUAUUCUAAA